AUGAAUGACGUCGAAGACGAUGAUAUCAUCGUCGCCACGCACGACGACAACGACGAAGACGAGUCAACGUAUCGUCACGUGAAAAAGAAAAAUAAAGCGAUAAACAUCGGGGAAAGCGUACUUGGGACGUGUCCCGUGUGCGGAUGCGACGUGCACCGCGUUUUGAUUCAGGAGCACGUCGAAUUUUGUCUAACUGGAAAACACAGAGUGCGCGACGAGAAAGAGAACGCGAAAACGUUGAGAGAAAGGACGAAUUAUGACGAACCGCACCGAGAGGAAGAGAACGAGAAGAGUAAGAAGAAGAAGAAGAAGAAGAAACCUAACGCGCAGUUCAGCAUUCUGAAAUUUUUGCAAAAGAAGAAACAAAGAGAAGAAGAGGAAGAAGAAGAAAAGAAAAGCGACGAGACCGAGACAACGAGAAGAACAAAUGAUAACAAUACUAACAAUAACAAUAGCAAUAACAAUAACAACAACGCUAGCAUCGAUGAUGCCGAAAUGAACGAAGAAGAAGAAGAAGAAGUUGAUUUGAUUGCCAUAAAUACUCAAAUUGAAGGCGGUAAAAUUCCGGAUAAAGUGUCGUUUCUACUGAACACCAUGAGUGGGAAUUAUUCCGAAUGUGGCAUAUGCUUGGAACCUUUCGACGAAGAGAAGAAUGUCGUGCGUUACCUCUUUUACCCGUGUAUGCAUGCGAGGCAAUGCAAAGAAUGUGCAAUCAGAGUUUGGCAGACGAAAAAAAUCAGAGGGAAAUAUAAAACAAACAGAAUUUCCCAAUGUUGUUGGUGUUCGCAGAAAAUUGAAGUGAGACCGCGACCGUUUCGUCCCUUCUUAUAA